AUGGCUCAGUUUCUUGCCAACGUGCUACAAAACGUCGUCGGCAAAACGAAACACCACGUGCGUAGUAGCUUCGACUUCGCGUCGGAGAUCACCAAUGUUCGGGUCCCUGAGGGUUGCAUUAUUUACUCGCUGGACGUCGUGUCGCUCUACACGAACGUACCAGUUCAAAAUGUGUACGAUAUAAUUGAACAAAAGUGGCGGGAAAUUAGCGAUUACACGCCGAUACCAUGGACUGAAUUCAAACGCGCCCUUCACACAAUACUUGGAGCGUCGUUUUUUCAGUACAAUGGUAAAAUCUUCGAGCAAACUUUUGGCACACCGAUGGGCUCUCCUCUAUCCCCGGUAGUAGCGUCUCUCUUGAUGGAACAACUCGAGGAAACCGCCAUCCAAUGCCUACGAGAUAAAGGUAUCAACCUCGUGAUGUAUAAACGCUACGUCGAUGACUGUUUGAUAGUAGGUUAUGAAAACGACAUAGAUUGCGUGCUAGCCGAAUUUAACGGUCAAUGCCCAAGCAUAAAAUUUACGCUGGAAAAAGAAACUGAAAACUCAUUGCGUUUCUUGGAUCUCAAACUUUCUAGGUGUCAGGGAAAGAUUGAGAAAAACUGCUCUAUUAUUAAAAAACUAAGAGAGACGCCACAAUUCGCAACUAAAACGACGGAUUCAAAAACGACGUCACCGAACACGACGACAACAAACAACAUCACGACGACACCGGGAAUGAUAGACGCCAGCUGCUAG